AUUUCAGUUUUAUUUUAAUCCAGGAGUGCAGUAUUAUUUUUAAUUCGUCUGUAAACUCGUCGUCCGUUAGUUUCAUACGGUUUAGAGUUUCGUUUUCUUCAGAUGAAUUAAACCCCGUCGGAAAUCCGUGGCUUAAAGUGUCGUCAUGCCGGUCCAGUGCAGUAACUGCGUCCAGAGACGUGCUGUGCUCAAACGGCCCAAGACCGGACACUCUCUCUGUAAGGACUGCUUCUUCUGGGCGUUCGAGGAGGAGAUCCAUCAAACCAUCGCGUCCGCGGGGCUCUUUAACCCCGGAGAGACGGUGGCCAUCGGCGCCUCGGGCGGGAAGGACUCUACCGUCCUGGCCCAUGUGAUGAAGGUCCUGAACGAGCGCUACGACUACGGCCUGAACCUUCUGCUGCUGUCGGUGGACGAGGGCAUCACGGGUUACAGAGACGAUUCUCUGGAGACGGUGAAGAGGAACCAGCAGCAGUACGAGCUGCCGCUGAAGAUCGUGUCUUAUGAAGAGCUGUACGGCUGGACCAUGGACGCCAUCGUGAAGCAGGUGGGGCUGAAGAACAACUGCACUUUCUGCGGGGUGUUUCGCAGGCAGGCGCUGGAUCGAGGAGCCGUGAUGCUGAAAGUGGACAAGAUAUGCACAGGUCACAAUGCGGACGACGUGGCAGAGACGGUGCUGAUGAAUGUCUUGCGCGGAGACAUCGCUCGUCUCCGCCGCUGCACCGCCAUCAGCACAGCCAGCGACGGAGAGGGCGCCAUCCCACGCUGCAAGCCCCUCAAAUACGCCUACGAGAAAGAAAUCGUCCUCUACGCCUAUUUUAAGAAGCUUGACUACUUCUCCACGGAGUGCAUCUACUCGCCCAACGCCUACAGAGGACACGCUCGUGCCUUCCUCAAAGACCUGGAGUCCGUCAGGCCCAGCUCCAUCGUAGACGUCAUCCACUCGGGCGAGACCCUCUCCAUAAAGGACGGGGUGAAGAUGCCCGUGCAGGGAACGUGCUCUCGCUGCGGCUACAUCUCCAGCCAGGCCCUGUGUAAGUCCUGCGUUCUGCUGGAGGGCCUGAAUCGAGGUCUACCCAAACUGGGCAUCGGGAAACAUCACCGUCUGCACGGCAAAAUUCUGGCUCGGGAGCCUUUGACCGAACAGGAGGAGAAGAAACUGAAGCCUGUGGACUUCUGACGCUAGAUUUGAAAAACUGGUUGCUUUUCCACUGUGUUUUUACCGCGAGAUGAUUUCGUUUGAUUCAUUUAUUAAAGUCACACGCGUUCGCUUAAUACAACAAUUCUUGUUUUAAAGUUAUGCCACCUUCACAUCAGGGGAAAUAUUACCAGUGAUUUUAUUUAUUUAAGCAAUAUUCAUGACAAUAAAGUUACUCAUGAUUUCUCAUUUUUGCUUUUCUGUUUCAGGAUCAUCACUGUAAUUCAAGCAAAUUCUCAUUUUAAUCUCAUUUCAAAAUAAAUUUUACUGUUGUUAUUAUUGUA